AUGGACGGGCCAAGGCAAAACGAACGAUAUGGACAGGCAGGAUCGUACACUUCGUGGAAUGCGAACCCUCCUGCCAACGCACGUAGGGCGCCAGUGUACAAUCACCCCGCGCAGGGUGGCCAAUGGCCACACCAGGCCCUGAGCACGAGUGCAGCUCAGUCUCAGGCUUCAUACAACCCGAGUUCGGCGGCCUAUCAACCGCAAAGCCAGGCCGCCAUGCAAUCGUUCAACCAGCCGAUGCCCUCGAUCGAACCACAAUCGUACGGCGGUUUCAAUGGCAUGCAGAACCCAAUGAUGGAUCCGAACCUCUUCCAAAUGCCGAUGAAUGUGCCUUGGAUGCCAGGCUUUGAUAGCACGCAGCCGAUGCCGUUCCCAUUCCUUCCAUUCAAUGCCCAAUUCCCUCAGCAAAAUGUCCGGGGAAUGAGUACGAUGAGUGGAGUGGGCCAUAGAUUUGCGCCAAAUCUACCACACCAGCCCCGAAGAGCAAGAUCAAAAACACCGAAACUCGAGGUUCCAGCUGCAACAUUACAAUAUCUUAACCAAGCAUCAUUAAAACCAGAAGAAGUGCCAUCAAAACGACCGCUGCUUAUCAUUCUCGAUUUGAAUGGCACCCUAAUCCAUCGCAAGGUCCGCAAAUUCCCGCCGAAAUUCACCAAACGCGCUGGCCUAGAUUAUUUCCUCGCAGCCCUGGUCAAAAACUAUAAAGUCAUGGUCUGGUCGAGUUCGCAGCCACCAACGGUCUACGCAGUUUGCGAUCAGCUCUUCCCGGGCGCCAUGCACGAUGAACUCGUUGCCCUCUGGGGCCGUGACAAGUUCGGUCUCACAGAUCGCCAAUACAAUAAUAAAAUCCAGGUCUACAAGGAGCUCCACAAGGUGUGGGCGGAUCCCAACAUCCAAGGCGCAUUCCCAGGAAAUGAGGAACUGAAAACCAAUCCCGUGACAUCAACCGAGAAGGCAGCAAACGAAGCGGCCAGGAAUCGUGCCCUGAGAUCCAACGUGCAGAAAGCGGCGAAGCUUCCGGCCGGUCAACGCUGGGACCAAACGAACACCAUCUUGAUUGACGAUAGCAAGCUUAAAGCGCUCAGCGAGCCAUUUAAUAUCCUCGAAAUCCCUGAGUUCACCGAUAACCCCGAAGGUGACGAGUCAAAAAUCUUCGCCAAAGUCCUCCACUGCCUGGACAUCUGCUCCCGCCACGACGACGCCAGCAAAGUCCUGCGCAGCUGGAACGAGCGCGUCGAAAACGGCGAAGGCAGCAUCCUCGACCUCGACCUCGGCUUCGAUGAUAUCUCCGUGGAUAACGAAGAAGGCGGAAUAAGCCUCUUUCCAGAGCAACUGAACAAUACCGACACUGUAACCGGCGAACCCGGCAUCUCCACACCAGCCAAUGGUCAAACGAAAAAAGGCAAAGCGAAAAGCAAUGCUCCAAAAGCAUUGACGGAAGAACAAAAAGCCGCCAACAAGAAAGCCAAGAACGACCGCAAAAAAGCCAAAAAGGCAGCCGGCAAGGCCGAAAAAGCAGCUGCGAAUGCCGAAAAGGCCGCCGCUGUAGCACGAAGAGCCGAGGCUGAGAACAACCCUGCACUCCCAGAACUAGGGAUUCAAGUCCCGCAGGAAGUCCCUCAGGUUGAUGGACCAGCCGAUCACCCACGACAAGACAGCAAACACCGGGGAGGAGCGUCGUGGAAACAGAAGAUGCAAAAAGAAGAUGCUGCUGCUGCUAAGUUGGCCAAAGCCCAGGAGCAUUUCGAGGAAACUCAGGCGAGAUUAGCGCGCGGGGGGGAACUCUCGUCACGGUUUGAUUUCCAACGGAACCGGGUGGCUUUUGAAACCCCCGAGAAUCCGACUAGGGUUGUUGCUGGGCCUGUGGGUGAACGUGCGGGAUCGCAAUCGCAGACUCUGUCAAGACCGGACGAUGGAGCUGAUGCGGUGCGCGGAGACCAGCGCUCUCCGUCGCCUGCUUCAGUCGCUUCUCAUAAUUCGAUGCUGGAUAGGCUUGAGGAGGGUCUUGGGCUGAGGAAAUAG